AUGCGAAACCAAGGACAGUGGCUAGACGACAUCCAUGCACAAAUCAGACGAAACAUAUCUGCGGCAUGGCAGAGAAACAAAGUUAUCAUGCAAUGCACCACACUGACUGGCUCGCAACAUCGGGAUAUGAACGAAACAGCCAAGGAAGCUUUCCCAUGGAAACAUGAUUCAGCACCAACCGUGGCCAUUGACAUCCACAGCCACACCGCCCAAAAGGCAAACACAUACCAUGUUAUGGCAGUAGAGAUGGUGGAUGGAGAUGGAUUGCAAGAUCGGCUUCAAGGCUCCAAGACGGACCCGGCUGGGAGAACGAAGUCGCCGAAUUUCAGUCAUGGUUGGCUCACUCAAGCUAUCCGUUCUGAUUAG